GCUACUGCAGACUGAGCGAUUAUAGUGUCGCUAUUCAAAUGAAAUCUUGUAAUUUUUGUAAUACACGUAAUUUCGUAGCCAAGUAAUCUAUUAAACAACGCAAUUAGACUUUUGCAAACACUUGAAGGUUUUUAUGUUGUAAAUAAUAGUAAUAUUUUUUAAGUAAUAACACAGUUGAAUACAUCUCCACAAAUGACUUAUUAGAAGUUUUAUCUUGGUGAGUCAUUUGACUAUUCAGAAUUUGAACUUCUUUUUCAUUGUCUAAAACAAUGGCCUUCAAGAGUUGAGAGUGAAUUACGAUCUCUUACAGUGAAGGAAACAGCCGUAAGAAACUGACCACAAGCGGCACUCUGGUUAUAGCAGGAUAUGAUAGUUACAACCUUAUUUUUCAAAACGGCAAAAUAAUUCACACAUGACAGGGGACAGCAAAUAGCCUCAAAGGCCGGUGCAAUUUAGAUACUACACAUUUUGUUCGGUUUAUUUUGAAGGUCAAGAGUAUAUUAGAGAGUAUUUAAAAUCUAAGAUACAUAAAUUAAAAACAUUUUUAUGCGGAUUAAACAAUUAACAAGUGGAAACAAUUACUCGUACAGUUCAACUCAUUGAACUUGGACUGCAAUGUGACACCUGUGUGACACUGCGGUCCAAUUAGCCUGACUUUGAUUACUUGUUUUUAAUAACCUAUUGAAUUUCAGAUAAUUCCCACUACAAAGGUACUAUUGCCCACAUCAGCGUGUCAUAAGCACGAAGCAGUUACUGCAUCACCGUCAGUGGAGAAGCUUAAAGCUGCACCUUGUGGACACCUCAUUUAUUGAAGGGAACACUCCCGUUUAUCAAACACAUUUAUUGAAUUAUCCUGUUGCUACAAAAGUCACAUUCAAGUUAGAAAAGUCACCUUUCAAAUGUAUAAGUCACUUACUGUUUAUUCAGUUUGAACAGUGUCAUAGGGCGAAGCAGUGCAACACGUACAUAGCAGAAGAUCAUUCGCAGCCUCAUUCAUGGUUUCUUCUGUAUGUGUAUUGACUCAAUUAAGUUUUAAUCAUCAACCAAACAGAUGGACGUUUUUGUGCAUCGUGUGUGUUGUAAAUUGUGUUCAUUCCCUUUUGGUUUUUAGGCAGCUGUUUAAAUUGUGUUUUUAACUCAAUUGGAAUAUUUCUAAGAGAUGCAAUACAAGCGGGGGGAUUUCUUUAAAAAUAACUGACAGCUCAACCAAAUCAUUUGAGAGAGUUCUGCCAACAUGCAAGCCUCACACCAAAUUCUCCACGCAGCCAUCAGGCCCCGGUGUGUCUCGAAGCUAGCGCUGUUUUCCCGCAGAUUGUGUUAUCAGGAGUCGGCAUGGCUGCGCCCGGGACAUCUGUUGGGAGGAGUUAAAUCAACUGAACUGAACCCCUCACGCUCUCCAAAAGAGCACCCAGUCAUUUAUUUAGCAGCGGCAGGUCGACCGAUCUGUGCUGUUGAUCUUCUGCAACAAAAGCUCUUCCUGAAUGUGUUCCACGGUCAACUAUGCUCUCCCUCUGAGGAGGACCUGCGAGAAGGUAUUAGCUUUUCCAGGCAGGCAGUGUGGCGGAGUGUCCAUGUCAAGUAAUUACCCUGGAGCCAGGCCUCAUGGAGCUCCUCAGGACACAGAGAUGGAUGUGGCCUGGCAGGAGCUGAUGGCCAUCCCAGAGCUGCAGGAGUUUGAAGUCUCCAGCGCCGGCUCCUAUGAGACGGCGCAGUACCAAACCAUGGAGCCCAUGGUCCCCGUGGGAGGAUACGAGAUGGCUCAGUCCCACCCGGAGGCCCUGCCGGCUGCCUGCGCGCUCAGCACUGCCGACGCCUACGACGGGUGUUUCCACCGUCUGGGCGACAACGCAGGGGCGAUGUAUGGACACGCCGACUCUCAGCACUUUCAAAGAAUGCUCCCCGCCUCCGGUCACGCGCAGCCCUCGCAUGUGGCUCUCAGGGAACAGAUGAACGCCUCCGGCGCCGGCCAAGGGCACCGGAGGGCCCACGCCGGUCUGUCUCAGGACCCACGUCGGCACAUGCUUUGGACCACACACGGACAUGGCGCGCACGUCCUCCCAGCGGAUGAGAUUGAGUCAGACUCUGGUCUUUCUCUGGGUUCAAGUCCCCCUUUGGCCUCCCCAGACAACCCCGUUGGUGGUGCUCCAGGGUACCAGAGAGUAGACGUAGGCGUGACAUAUAGCGAUGGAGAACCGGACAGCAUGGCUGAACAGGCUAGAAGAGCAAGCGCCCAUUACUCCAUGGACUACCAGAGUCAAUCGUACUCAUAUUUACACCCAGGUGGACAUCCAGCUUAUUCCACAGAACCAAAUUUAUCUCAUCCUGCACCCAUCGCUCUGUCUCGGCCAGUGAAACCGCCGGGUCAGAACUGUGCCCUGGGCCACCUGAGCAUUGACAUGGGGGCGUCCAGCAGAGGGAGCUCACAAUACAACGUGUACGCAAAGCCACAAGGAAGUAUCUCCACUCCGGCUCCUCUCAGCAGAGAUGAGCGGCGAGCGAUGUCUUUGAAGAUCCCCUUUCCGAUGGAGAAGAUUGUUAAUCUACCGGUGGAUGACUUCAAUGAGCUCCUGACACAAUAUACUCUGACGGAUCAUCAAUUGGCACUAGUCAGGGACAUCAGGCGGAGGGGGAAAAACAAGGUGGCUGCUCAGAACUGCAGGAAAAGGAAGCUCGAGAGCAUAAUUCAUCUGGAAAAAGAACUGAACCAGCUGCAGGCCCAAAGAGAGCACCUGGCCAGGGAGAGAGUCGAGUUCCAGCGCAGCUUGACCUUUAUUAAAUGUCACCUUACAGAUCUAUAUUCACAAGUAUUCUCUCACCUGAGAGAUGAGGAAGGACAACCAUUCUCAAUCGAUGAGUAUGCCCUUCAACAGACGUUGGAUGGUAAAAUUUAUUUGGUUCCUAACGCAACUAUGCAAAAGAGAGAGCAAUGUUGAUAACUGAUUGGUGAUACAAAACCCUUACGAAAGGCUUUAUGCCGAAUUAUGCCAAUUUAAAGUAUAUGAACUUGAGUAAUUUCACGUGGUGUGACCUGAGACAAUCCUUUAUUAGUACCACGGUGGGGAAAUUCAGCCUGGUGUAGAACUCGACACGCAUCAGUCAACACAAACUUUACAAAUUGACCAAAUCCAGUUAUAAAAAAAAUACUUUAUUAAAAAUAUAUAUAAAAUACACACUGCACGGCAGCCUGAUUCAAAAAUAUUUAUAUAUAAAAAAAAGGGAAAAAGUACCACCAUCACUUUUCUGGGAACCUGUAUAUAUAAAUGAAUUAAGUGUUAAAUGAGGAAAAUGUUGAAAAGAAUGUAAUAGUUUAAUGAUUUUACCUGAUUUAGCCAUUGUCACAGAAAUGCCAGGUAUGAAGAGCAGUUACCUGGAAAGCAGAGACACCAAAUAAGUAAAGUGUUUUACUUUUUCUUUUUUACAACCCCCCCCCGCCCACACACACAUUUUGUUGACUGCAUGCAAUAUGUUGUAGCGCCUCUAUGCACAAUUAGGAGGCCGAGUCUAACAGACAACAUGGGUGUACGUCAUAAUAAAACUUGUUUGCACAAACGUCAUGUCAUUACUGGGCUACACAACUCACUACCAGCUACAUUUGGGGGGGGGAAGAAAAAAAAAA